AAGGCAUAUCUGGUUGUAUAGACACAGAUGGUGGUUCCCUAGCUCUAAAGGCCCAUUGCUUUAUUGAUCUUUGUUUUCAGCUGGUAGGAACUCCACCUGGAUCCUUAAAACAAAACAAAGCAAAACCUUUUGUCUCUUUGACAAACUAUUCCCAAUUUGUUAAAGAAUAAUACUAAUAAGACAAAUCCACCAAGAAUAUAUUUAAAGGACCAGGCAGCUGCUGAGCCUCCACAAUCUUCAUACUUGCAGUUCAGAGAGAAAAUGUUCUUCAGAAGAAGAACCUGGUUUUGGUUAUACAUCAGAACAAGUAUCUUUCUAGGACGUGAGCUAAAUAGCCCAAAGCAACAUGGUAAAAUUAAUUGUUAUCAGCUUAACAGGUUUUACUGCAGCUUUGGGGAAGCAGAAAAUUACUGUCGUGCCCAGGGAGGACACCUUGCUUACGCUUGGAACCAGGAGGUUCAAGAUCUCAUCUGGAACUUUUUGGAAGAAGGCAAGAAGUGGUGGAUUGGGCAAAAUUUAAUGCUGCUGAGAAAAUAUCAAGAAAAAAACAACCCAACUGUCACAGCCCAAUGGGCCCCAAAACCCACCGACUGCACUUACAUGUCCAGAAAAUCCAAUUGGAUCUCAUCAAAAGUAGACUCGUGCUCACUGGAGCAUUAUUUCAUUUGCCAGGCUGAUGCCUUUUCAGACCAAGAUGCCGAUUAUGAAAGAAAUGGAAAUAAUUCUCAUUUACACUGGAGACCCAAGAAGGCAGAAAGAGAAGUUGCAAUACUGAGAAACAGAAUGACCUCAGGAACCACUCAUCUUUCAACCACAUGUCGCCAACCAGCUCAUGCUAACCUUUCCAAGACCCUGUGCCAUUCUGUCAGCCCGUUUUCUUCAGUAUUACCCAAAGUCACACAGCAGGGAAUAUCAGUCACAUCUGUACCUACCAGCCAGCCUCUCCCUGUGAUAGCCGAGCUGACCAGGCCUGCCUCUGUUACUCAUGCUGAAAAAGCUCUCACGGAAAUAACUUCAAGCCCCAAAGAGGACCCGCAUCCAAAUGUCUUCACCACUCAUCUACUAGCAUCAUUUCAGAAUGCAUCUGCCCAGGUGGUAGAUGAGAUAUCAGGGAACUUUAGCAAAGCAAUUCAUGGUUCACAAAUGCAUAACAAACUACAGAAAGCUUGUGAGGUCCUCCGGAAACUGACAGCCUUUAUCCUAGGAUUUUCUGAGUCAGUUCAGGUCGAUAUUGGCAACUCUCUUACUUUCCUGAGUGAGCAGUUCCCAUUCCAGAACAGCAGCACUGCAGGCUUUCGAAUUCUUGGAACUGUCUGCCUCUUCCACAUCCUCGACACUGUAGUGGAAGCCACUGAGGCAAGUCGGCCAAGGUCCAAACGUGACAUUGAACAGGUAGAAAAUAUUCUGAAAAUGCCCUUGCUGAGCCUUGGGGAAGCGUUCGUACAGCAGAAUCAGUUUUCUGAGUCCUUGGUGACUUUGACCUCUUCUGUUGCCACCCUGAUGCUGAGCAGCCGGAACAUAUCAACGUUGCCUCUGAGCUCGUACACUCUUGGUUACCCAGCACCUGUGAGGUUAGGCUUCCCGUCAGCUGCGGCUUUGGAGCAGCUCUUGAAUAAACACCCAGGAGUUACCGUUCAAGUCACAGGACUAGCUUUCAAUCCCUUCCGGGAUUUUGAUGACAAGCACAUCGUUGGAAGCAUCGGAAGUGUAUUACUAAGCUCUAGUCACGGAUCGCUACAAGUCCAAGAUUUAGUGGAAGAUAUUGAGAUCACGCUCUGGAGAAAUGCUAGCAUGGAAACCCAUCCCACCAGCCUCAAUGUGAGCACGGACCGUUUUACUGUCACAGUGAACAUCACAUCCCUGGAGAAAUCCCUGAUAGUGUGCAUAGAACCUGAAAGUCCCCUUUCCAUGACACUCUACUUGGGGUUCCAGUACCAGCCUAACCACACUUACUUCCACCUGAACAUCACGCUUCCAAAGAAUCAGGUCUGGCAGAAAGAUGAGGAAUACACGUGGGUGCUGACUCCAGAGAGUCUGCAGCAUGGGACUGGCAUCUACUACAUAGCAGCUGUGCUGAAUAAAAGCAAGGCGAGUGCUCAGCAGGCACCCACCCUGUUCUCCGUCAUAACCGCAGUCACUCAGUGCUAUUUUUGGGACAGUCACAAUAGCACAUGGAAGAGCAACGGAUGCCGGGUCGGGCCACAGAGCACAGUUUUGAGGACUCAGUGUCUCUGUAACCACCUGACCUACUUCGGCAGUGAAUUCUUCAUUGUGCCCCGGACAGUGAAUGUUGAAGACACAGUCAAGCUGUUCCUUCGCAUAACCAACAACCCUGUUGGGGUGUCAUUGCUAGCCAGCCUUUUGGGAUUCUAUAUACUAAUUCUUGUGUGGGCAUGGAGAAAAGAUCAAGCAGAUAUGCAGAAGGUGAAGGUCACUGUCCUGGCGGAUAAUGACCCGAGCUCUCAAUUUCACUACCUUAUUCAGGUCUCCACCGGAUAUCGAAGAAAGGCUUCUACAACAGCUAAGGUGGUGAUCACCCUCUAUGGAUCAGAGGGACAGAGUGAACCCCAUCACCUCUGUGACUCCCAGAAGGUGGUGUUCGAACACGGGGGACUGGAUGUCUUCCUCCUCAGCACUCAGUCCUCACUAGGGGAACUGCACAGCCUUCGGCUCUGGCAUGACAAUUCGGGCGUCAGCCCUUCUUGGUACGUAAAUGAGGUAAUUGUCAGUGACAUGGCAGGUAAAAGGAAAUGGCAUUUCCUGUGCGACUGUUGGCUGGCCGUGGACCUUGGAGACUGCGAGCGUGACCGGGUCUUCAUACCAGUCUCAAAGCAAGAACUCUUUUCCUUUAGGCACCUGUUCUCCUCCAUGAUUGUAGAAAAGUUCACCCAGGAUAAUCUGUGGCUCUCAAUUGCAACUCGACAGCCCUGGAACCAGUUUACCAGAGUGCAGCGGCUCACUUGCUGCAUGACCCUUCUGCUCUGCAACAUGGUCAUCAAUGUGAUGUUCUGGAAGAUGAGCAGCACUCCUGCCAAGAGAGAUGAGCAGGUGGGUCCGUUUGCUGUGACCUGGUCCGAGCUGCUUGUCAGCAUCCAAACUGCUGCCAUCCUUUUCCCUAUCAACCUUGUCAUUGGGCGGCUCUUCCCGUUGAUUCAGCCGCAGGAACCACUGCCCCUCUUUCCUACCGUCCUGGCCUCCUGCCCCUCAGAUGCUGCUUUUGAGCCUCUCUCUCUCACAAAGGUAGUUGAGGAAUUGAAGGGAACUGUGGGAUUUCUGCUCAGGAGAAACACGUACCUACUCUCAGAGUGUGAACAAUCUUCAUGGGAUUCUUAUAACAUUAACCAGCUUGUGAAACUUCUAUCCAGCCUCGUCUGUUCUCAUGUAGAGCAUCAGGGCUAUCGUCAGCAGGCAGGGUCCUGUUGGGCAAACGCGGUCCCUGAAAACCACCGGCAUGUCAGCUGUUACCUGCUCAGAGUUCUGCAGAGGCUGCAAUCUCACUUAAGCACCCUGGGGCCCACCCAGGUUGGCCUGCCUUGUGACUUCCUAGAUGCAGCCAGCCAACUGCAAAAACUCCAGGAACUCUUGAAAACAUGUAUUCUUCCCACAGAGCAAGGGCCAUCCAGAGAGGCAACCAGUUUCCCCAUCCUGAGCCCAGAAGAAGGGAAGAAGUCCACCUCUAAUGGCCUGCCCACGUGGUUGACUUACAUCUGCUGGCUCCUUCUGGGUGUCACCAGCCUGGCUGCAGCCUUUUUCACAGUACUUUAUAGCCUGCAACUGAACAAAGACCAAGCCACCAGCUGGGUUAUUUCAAUGAUCUUAUCAGUGCUUCAAAAUGUCUUCAUCAUCCAGCCAGUAAAGGUGAUCUUCCUCACAUUGUUUUUCUCACUGAUUCUGAACCAGAUGCCGUGGCUUGCCAGAGAGAAGGAACAACAAAUGAAGAGGAUCUUGGCACUCUCAGCAAAGUGUUCUUCAUCAUCACCUGGUUCAAGAGAUAAGAAGAACCCCAUCUAUGUAGCCCCAGCUAUGAACAGUCCAGUUAAAUGCCCACAAAGAACCUUGAAAGAGAAGAAACUCUUCAAGCUGACGGGAGAUGUUUUGGUACAGAUCUUCUUCCUCAUCCUGUUGAUGACUGCAGUCAACUCUGCACAGAACCCCAGUAGAUUUUACUUCCAUCAAGCUCUCCAGAAGAGCUUUUCUCACCGUUUCUCAGAGAUCAAGCUUCUUAAGCAUUUCUACCCCUGGGCCAGUCACAUCCUCCUUCCUAAACUGUAUGGGGAUGACAGAGGAUUUAUUACUGAUGGGAACUCCUUUCUUUUGGGCAAUGUUCUGCUUCGUCAGAUUCGCAUUCCUGGUGCCAGAGCCUUUCCAAAUAGAGUGUCUCCCAAAGAACAAGUGAAGCUAUCGCACCAAGAUCUGGAGGAUACAGAGAACUAUGGAGUUAACUGGAGGCCCCCUGAAACAAACACCACACAGUCAGACAGCAUUUGGCAUUAUCAGAAUCAGGAGACACUGGGUGGCUAUCCCAUCCAAGGGGAAUUUGCCACUUACUCAGGAGGAGGUUAUGUUGUCAGACUCGGAAGAAACUCCAGUACUGCAAUCAGAGUUCUACAGCAUCUUGAACAGAGCCACUGGCUGGACCAUUGCACUAGAAGCCUCUUUGUUGAAUUUGUGGUCUUCAAUGCUAAUGUGAACCUGUUCUGUGCAGUGACCCUGAUUUUGGAAUCCAACGAUGUGGGUGCUUUCUUCACCUCUGUAAGACUAGACACUUUAACUUCCCUUCAAAUAUCAAAGAAGGACUCUACCUGGUCUGUCGUCUCACAAGUCAUCUAUUAUCUACUAGUCUGUUACUAUGGCUUCAUACAGGGUCGCCGGCUGAAACAGCAGAGGUGGAAGUUCUUCACGAUGAAAAAGAACAUUCUGGACAUGGGCAUAAUCCUUACUAGUUUUGUCAUCUUGGGGCUUGACAUGAAGCUUAUUUCUCUAUAUAAGAAAAAUAUGGCACAAUACCACUAUGACCGUGAGAGGUUCAUCAGCUUCUCUGAGGCAGUAACAGUGAACUCAGCCAUCAUUUACCUCAUGAGCUUCCUGGUUCUGUUGGCAACUGUUCAGCUAUGGAACCUGCUGCAUCAUAACCCCAGGCUGCGGGUCAUUGACCGAACACUCAGCAAAGCCCGGGACGAGGUGAUGGGCUUCUUGCUGGUCAUCCUGAUCCUGCUGACAGGCUAUGCCAUUGCUUUUAACCUGCUGUUUGGAGGGAGCAUCUCCGACUACCGAACUUUCAUCAGCUCAGCAGUGACUUUUGUUGGUCUCCUGAUGGGAAUCUCUGAUCACAAAGAGAUUAUUGCUUUAGCCCCAGUCCUGGGCUCCUUUCUAAUCAUCAGCAGUGUCAUUUUGCUGGUACUUGUGAUCAUUAACCUUUUUGUUUCUGCCAUUCUAAUGUCCUUUGGUAAAGAAAGAAAGUCCUUUAAGACUUGGAAAGAAGCUACACUAACAGAUAUGCUGCUACAGAAGCUCUCGAGUUUGUUAGGAAUCCAGCGGCACCGGAACACUUGUUCUGGACCCAAGCCAGAAGCCUCUACAGUGAUGGAGAGGAGUAACCAAGCAAACGCACAGAUGCUACCUAGGCUUGCAGACAUUGAAACAGGCUCUUUACUGAGAGAGGCAUCUGUGUCACCCAAGGAGCAGCCAAAGGUAAGGUCUGGCCCAACAUGGGUCACUUGCUUAACAUCCUUCCCACUAAAACGUGAAUUUGCACAUCACUUGACCAAACCAGUGGAGAAAGCAGGGCACAGAAUUUUUAACUUUAUUAUCAGCUACUAAGUUAUGAUACAAACCAAUCAGAACCAUUAAAGAAAAGAUACUUGAAACAGAUAUGUACAGAUAAACAGAAGCCAAAGUCAUAUCUUCUGAUCCCAAAGC